AUGUUGCAAGAGCAAUUGAGUUACUGGAGAAACUGCAAGAAUCUGGAGAAGUACCGGUACAUAAACUACAGUCUCUAAAAAAGGUGCUGCAGAGUGAGUUUUGUACAGCUAUCAGAGAGGUGUAUCAAUACAUGCAUGAAACCAUAACUGUUAAUGGCUGUCCCGAGUUCCGAGCCAGGGCCACUGCAAAGGCAACAGUUGCUGCUUUUGCUGCAAGCGAAGGCCAUUCACACCCGCGAGUGGUUGAGCUGCCAAAGACAGAUGAAGGCCUGGGAUUUAAUGUGAUGGGAGGAAAGGAACAAAAUUCACCCAUUUACAUUUCCCGCAUAAUUCCUGGAGGAGUGGCAGAAAGGCACGGAGGGCUCAAACGGGGCGACCAGCUGCUCUCAGUUAACGGAGUGAGCGUUGAAGGGGAGCAUCACGAGAAGGCGGUGGAGCUCCUGAAGGCGGCCAAGGACAGCGUGAAGCUGGUGGUUCGCUACACUCCCAAGGUGCUGGAGGAGAUGGAGGCUCGCUUCGAAAAGCUGAGAACAGCACGACGUCGGCAACAGCAACAAUUGCUCAUUCAGCAGCAGCAACAGCAGCAAAAUACACAGCAAAAUCACAUGUCGUUAUUCUCAAGAAAAAAAAAGCCUCGAUCAAGAGUGCAGUAAUCAAGCAACCAGAGCUGUACUUCAGUAUUCCAUUAAAAGGAAGCAACUACAGAAACACGAAACAGAAUUCAUCUGGAAAAUGUUCAGUACAAGAAUAAUGUAGUUAAGACAGCCAUAUAGAGGGUACUUAUCAUGAUUAGACUUUUCAGGACAUGGCAGUCACAGAUACAUAGUAGUUCUGUGACUCCAUUCCUAAUGAGAACAGCAUGGUAAAUAAAUGUUAAGAGACAGAGAAGUCCAGGGCUUCCAAAUAAUUGUUUGAUCUAAUCUUGCACUCCUUACUCUCACAAUGUGGCUGGUUGGCUUUCUCUAGUCAGUGAAAGUUUUGGCUUAAGGAGAUCAAGAUUGGCUGUUUUGGGGGACAGUCUUUCUUUACAGUUAUCUCCAGAAACAAACAACUGCAUCAGUUCAGAAUUUUGCCACAGACAUCAAACUCAUACAUCGCGCUUCAUAGCCACUUUGUACUAUAUAUUUUAGAGCUGUUUUAACCUAACUUCCUGUUUAUAAUUUUCAAUUUUCCCUCUGAAAAUAGCAAUUUACUAUAUUUAUAAAGUAUUCCAUUUGUAGAAGCAAUUGGCUUUUUACUCUUGGUGUUUCCAUAUAUUUUAUUAUGCAUCAACAGAGUGAGAAAGUUUUAGGUCAAUUUUAAUUUUAUUAGUGGUAAAGUUAGGGAAUCCUAGAACUGUAUUUUUAAAUGUAGGCAUUGCUUGUAUCUAUUAUAGCUACUAUUCAGAAAUCUAUAACUGGAUAUAUUAUAUAUUUAUUCCAUAAAAUAUAUAUUGUCUGAAUGUACCUGUUAGAGAAGUAGGGUCUUUGCUUAGCAUGUAUUGCAAAUGUAGUAAGCUAAUGUUAGCAAAAGACCAAGCUUUGUUUGGCAGAUAUUCCUGUGAUAGCCUAAUCUCAGCAUUUUUGUAUUAUUUAAUUUAUUUUCCAGUCUAACGUUAAUAUAUUUUAGAGAGGAGGAAGUGUAAGUCAUUUCUUUUAAGACCCUCACAUUAUCAUUUAAAUCAAUUUGAAGUUAAGAGUUCUGACUUUUUUUUUUUUUAAUCAAACCAAAUUGGAAUGUACAAACAAAGUACAUAAUUAAUUUUACAUUAAGUUUACAUGUGUGCUUUUCCAAAGAAAAUAAAGUUGGAAGGCUAUAAACGUCAUCCACUUUCAAGAAAUAAAGCAAAUAGAAUCCCCUUAUCCUAAUAAAUAAUCAUGUAAAGCAUGCCUUCUGUGCUACAUUAGAAAAAGCUUGGCGGGGGGAAAAGAGCUUAGGGGAGAGUCCUGCAGUCCUUGCAUAUUGAAGACUCAGCUGAUGUCAGUGAACUUUAGCAAUGUGAGGAAUGUAGAAGUUGUGUGAGCUGUGUUCUGAUUGUGAACUUGGAAAAAAGUCAGCCAGUACCAAUUAAUAUUUUGAAGGAUCUAUUCUCAGAGGCAAAACAAACCAGGGAAAAUUGUUGGUAAUGUACGUAUGUUAAAAACCAGAUGCAGGCUGGCCAGCAGUCUUGUCAGUGUUUGAUUAGUGUAAGUAGCUAGUGAAACAGUAUUACUGUAUUUUUAAAACCAAACAUUGUGAAUAUAUCCAGAAAAAGCUCAUUUUAUACAGAGAAGUAACUCUAUCCAGUGGUCGUUGGUGACAAUGUCAAUUAAGACAGUGGAGCUUGAGCACCACCAGAAUUCAAGCUGAAAUGUAUUGUAUUGUGCUCUGCACGGUAUCUUUUUAUACUUAAUAAAAUUGUAUGUACCUAUUUUAAAUCUGUAUUCUCAAACAGACACUGCUAUUAAUAUUAACAUUAUAAAUUGUUACUAUGACUGCAUAUAACUGUUCUGUAUCUCAUCAGUAUGAUUUGAGUUACACUGAUAACUGUUUUCAGAGACCAAGUGUUAUUCAGAUUUAGUCAGCCCACUGUACUGCAUUUUUCCAAACUUCCUCUCCACCUCCUCCCCUCCUCUUCCUCAAACAAUCUAGAUUUGAUGGAGUGGAAUGUGCUGAUUAAUAAAUUUCCAUAAUGGAAUGUCAUUCAUAUAGAGAAGCAUAUCAAAUUCAUUUUCAUAUAUUAUUAUUCAAUAAAUUAUUUAUGCACACUAACAUUAACACUCCAGUCUUUGCCAACAUUUAAAAAGAAGGUGAAGUAAAAAUACAAGUAAAAUGCAACUGGUAAUAAAUUUGAAAUGGAAGCAGGGAGAAGUGUCUCCUUUAAGGUCAUUUUCCAUGCCCCCUACAGAUCGAUAAAACAUACAGCCACUUCAUCACAGAGCAAUCUGUGUCUCUAAACCUGUCAUCCACAUUUAGUUACAGACAGUCUUUUCAUUUGUAGUUUUAAUACCCCUGGUCCCGAUGUAGUAAAGCACUUCCACACAUGGACUGCUGAAUUUGGACCUGAAGAAGCGCAUGGAGGAGAUCACGUAACACAUGCAGGUCUGCAGGUACUUGUGCAUCGUAUUUGAUCUGACUGGUCUCCUGGCAUUUGCUGUUUCACUGCACAGAAUUGACCUUCAGUCAACGUAGUGAGUUUUUUUGCUCACAUUUACCCUUGGGGUUCCCUCAUGUGUUUCCCCGCACUGGCAGCAAAUCGAAGGAGGAGAUCCAAGAAGUAUUGUCUCUCUGUCUCCUUAUUACAGUAACCAAAAGGGUGUCACGUGAUUUUUACAAGCUCUUGCAUUAUGUUCACCAAUGCCAAAGAUCCAGAUGUAAGAACAGUACUUGAUGGGUCUGCUGUUGUAGCUCUAGUUUUUCUAUGGCACUUUACAGGGGAUUUAAGGAUUUUAUAUCCCUCGAUAAAGGGGAAAGCUCACCAGGUUGCAUUUUCCUCUUCUCCUACAGUUAUAAAGCACAGAUGAAAGGUCAAUGAAUGCACAUGAGUGGAAGCAGUGACAAAAACACCUGCAGUUCCUUGGUGAAUAAUGCUGCAGAACUCUUAGUCCUAUACAUUGUACCUUUUGUAGAUGUUUAUCUCAGCCAGGCUUCCAAUCUGACCUUUAGGCACUCCUCUAGGAGGCUCGAAAAUACACGCUACAUUUGCUGAAUAAGAAACUGUUUUAUCAGCCACUAAUUUUAGGGGUUUGGGAGUUCUGUAUGCCAUCUAUAAGUGCCGUACAAGAGGAAGGAUGGUUUUGCCUGUAUUUGAAAUAGCACAGGAUUUUAAA